AUGAAUAAUUCUAUUCACGCAAAAGCACCGGACGAUGAAAGAAUUAUGUAUCCUUACAACGAUGGAAAAGAAUUAAACAUGGAUGACAACUACGAAUUUGAUGAUUUCUAUUACCUUACUAUUCAAGAAGAGAAUGAAGAACGAAAUAUUAAAAAUCUUGUGGACGAACCCAAACUACAACAAGAGUUAACGAGUUUGAAACGUCUUAUUCAAGUGGAUAAAACAAGUCAGUUGCAAAAUUUAAUAUCUAAAUUAGACGAAAAGAUUACGAAGGUAAAAAUAGACGUCCAACGUUUAAUAGACAACCCAAAUGUAAACGAGGAUAGAUUGAAACGAAAACUAACCGCUUUGGAAAGAAAACUUGGCGAAUUGCUAGCAGAACUAGGCAAGACCGCGGACAAAACCGAGUUACGAAAUUCGAUAUCCAAUUUGAACGAAAAGAUCGCGAAGCAAAAACCAGAUGUUCAAGAUAUAAUUAACACACUUCCCAUUGACAAAGAUACGUUGAAACAACAAUUGACUGCUUUGGAUACUAAAAUCACGGACGAAUUAGAAAAAGAAGUGGGUGUGAUUAAAAACUUUGUUCAAAAUAAAUUUCGAGAUGAUAUGAAAAAUUAUAUUAAAGAACAGGUCAAUCUUUUGGUAUCUAGAAUUCAGGACGAUUUUUUGACACAAGAGAGAAAGUUGAGCAAAUUAGAAGCUAUUGUCACGGACAAAUCGUAUUAUUUCAAUCUUCCAUUCGAAAGUGACACUGUCUUCGAUAGAAAAGACCAAAUUUAUAAAUCAAACAAAUACGGAUUCAAAGCAGAAAUAAAAGUAGGUACUCUCAUAUACGGAGAACCUAAAAACGUAUUCGAUAUCGGCGAAACGCAAGAGUUUACUUUUCGAGGUAAUUGUCUGAUUCAAAUAGAGUUUCCCAUGAAGGUUAAAGUCAAUAAAGUAGUCUUCAAACAAGGCGGUAGGGCCGUCAAAUAUAUUUCAUUAUUCAAUGAUGGUAAUUUGGAAGAGAAUAUACGUUUGAUUGAUAUAAGGAAUCAGGAAAUUGAAACGAAAAAUGGUAAAUAUAUAGACACCUUUAAAAUGGAAGUAGAAAAUAAAGAUAUAAAUAGAUUUAGAAUCAAAGAUUUAGAUAUGAUAUUGGAGACGGAAAAUCCACCAUCAACCAACAUUGUCCAAGUUCCACGACACUUAAACGUACCCGGAAAAAUAGAAUCGAGCAGUCACGAGUUUUUACGAACAACAGACUUUGAAUACGUAAAACUGUAUUUUGUUUACGAUGAAAAAUACCGCGCGAUCGAUGUUCAUAAAAGUCAACAAGAAAGAGAGUUUAUAGUGCAUUUAUCGUUUGCCGAAGGUUCCGACUCAAUCCUUAAUGCGGGUGGUUAUAUUUUUAGAGCCAAGAUAAACAUCGAAAAAGAAAAAAGAAAAUAUUCCUAUCAUCUUAAAGAGGACCAUACGAAAAAAGAAAUGUCGUUAGUACGCGUAAAUGUUUUUACUUUUAAGAUAUUCCGUGGUUCCAUUUAUCGGAAAUUCACUUAA